AGGUAAGUACUUUCCAUUCAUACGCAAGCUUCCGCAGAUUACAGGUACCUAGGUACCUACUUAUCUCUCAAAUGCUGGAGGGGCAUUCAUGCAGCUGCGACUUCCAGCUGUCCCGCAACCUUGAAGGCUCCAAAGGAUUAAGAAACGGCUUUGCAACUGCCUUUACAUUGUCUGUCUUACAAUCACUUUUUGAAGGCAAAACAGCAAAGAAGAACAAGACCUUAGUCGUGCAAAUCGUUUUGUCCGCUUGUCUUCAUACAAAACACGAUUGGCAAAUCCGCAAGGAAACCUCAAACACCAACUCAGCAUUCCUCUAAACCUUUGUACUCUGAACGAACCCGCCGCCUGAACCCGACCAAUUUAACCCAAUCGGCGAUACCACGUCGAUCUCUAACGCGAUAGCACAACUACGGAUUACGGCAAUCUUGGACAGAUACAGACACCAUGGCUGAUAUCGAUAUGACCGAUGCGCCUAACACGUCGGUUGUUGCCAAAAAGGAGCGCAAAGGCGGUGACGCCGAUGGAAAGUUUGACGGGAAGAAACGCUUCGAAGUUAAGAAGUGGAAUGCCGUAGCUUUGUGGGCUUGGGAUAUCGUCGUCGACAACUGCGCCAUCUGCCGAAACCACAUCAUGGAUCUGUGCAUCGAGUGCCAGGCGAACCAGGCUUCUGCCGCCAGUGAGGAGUGCACUGUAGCUUGGGGCAUCUGUAACCAUGCUUUCCACUUCCACUGCAUCUCGAGGUGGCUUAAGGCACGGCAGGUCUGCCCACUCGAUAACAGGGAUUGGGAAUUCCAAAAGUACGGUCGUUAGGUUGUGGAAUACAUUUUAUCGAGGCCGCUGUCGCACGAGCGAACCCGAUCAUCGCAUCGCCCUGAUGUCGUAAUCACCGCCCAUAAUCAUAUUCACAAGACAACAUCCAUAUCACAGACGCGACAGCUUUAGGAUGGUUUC